AUGAAAACGGACUCGCCUCACUCUGGUCUUCGACUCUUGUCCGAAGCUAUUUCGCCUCAUAUGCGCGAGCUGGCGAAAAAGGAAGAGGAGCAACUCAUCGCGGAAUCGCUUUCGAGGGAGUCAGUUAUCAAAGAAACGCCGAAAGAGCAAGUUGAGCAACGAAACGUUGGGAAGAGAAAACUUUUCGAAGCCGAAUUGAUGAGCGAAGGAAGCUCUCAGGGAUCAAAUCAGGAUGAAAAAGAAGCAAGUCUCACGCGCAGCUUGGACAAAAUCGUAGAGAGAUUUCUUGAGCGCUUUAGCGAUAAAGAAAACGAACAAUUUACGUUGAUGGACUUGGAAUUCACCGCUGUGAAGAGACGCAUUUAUGACGUGAUUAAUGUUCUUGAAGGAGUCGGGUAUAUUCAAAAGUGGCAAAAGAAGAACUCGUACUUAUGGACGUCCAAGGCAACGAUGGAGGAAAAGAUCUUGAAAAUCCGCAGAUCUGCCAAUGUGGACUCUCAGAACCAAGAUCUUGUCGCUACCAUCGCUCACAGUAUCGUCGCAAAAGAUGAAACCUUCGACGAUUUAACGAGCCAUUCUGACAACUCUCACCUGGAGGCUUCGGAUUCAUCCCUCCUCAACAUUUCUGAGCUUUCCAACUCAUCUCUUGACUCAUCAAGUUUCUCUUCCUCUUGCUCCAAAUCGUCGAGUAUGACGAAGAAUUUGUCCAACCUAACUGUUCGCUUCAUUUCCCUCUUCUUCCGAAUCAGCCCUGUAAAUUGGACAUUGACUCUUGACGAAGCAGCAGAGCGACUCGUUGCUGAUAGCGGAGAAUUGGACCUAACAGCCGCUUCCAAGUCUCGCAUCGCCUCGAUAAAGCGUCGUUUAUACGACAUUACGAAUGUGUUUUUGGCACUUGGUCUUAUUGAAAAAGUGCAAGUAACGUACGGCGCUGGAGUUCAUUUACAACGCAAGUCAGCCUAUCACUGGAUCGGUGCGACUUCUGUCAGUUCCGCCGACAAGACGGGCUCGAACAGUACUUCGAAGACUGUACUCGAAGACGUAACGCACUUACAGCAAAAGAACUCGAUCGAUCGUCAGUGUCAAACGAGUCCGAGCCUGUUGCGUUCGCUGAUCGCCGACAUCCACGCUGAACUCGACGAGGCGCGAGCUCAUGACUCAAUUAGCUUGUCUCUCAACUGCCCCACAUGCCUCAACCAGCUACACAGACAGAUGCCGGCUCUGUGUCCCCAUUGCAGAUCUCACUUGCCCGCAGCUACUAACGCUGCUUUAUCAGAGUCUUCCAAUUCCCUUCUUUCUACAAAGCAAAAACUCUUGUUUUCACCGCUGCCUUCUUCCCCAAUUGCCUCGAGCGACGGCCCCUGCCGUCGUCAAUUGACUUCGACACCGCUGGCUGGUGUCUCAAAAAUAGCUUCAAACUUUUGCAAACUCUCCUCUGCUACACUUUCUUCCGGCACUUUCGCUGCUAAUAGAAAACGAAAAUCCUCGGCGCCCGUUUUUUCUACAAGAAUGCCCCCCAAUUUCAACAACCCCAACGCUGCGAUUCCCCGAAGUUCUUUCAUGUCUACUUUGGUAACUAAUAAGAAACCGUUGGCAUCAAAAACUCUUAAUUUCGCCUCCCCCAUUGCGCCAAAUCACGAGAUCAACCGACAACGAAAACCUUCACGAAACGGGGCGAAUGUACACUUCCUCUUGCCAAUGGAGGUGCAUCUACCUUCAUCGCCAAAACGUAUCAAAGACGACUCCGGUCUUGGCCCCUCGCCCUCUCUCCUUCCACCUAAUGCUCUUAACCCCGCUAAACCAACAUAA